AUGCCUUCAAAUAGAAAUUCUUUUAUUUCUUCAAAAUCUCCUUCUAAUUUUUCACUGCCUCAAUUUGAAUCACAAUCAAAUUUUAAUCCAUAUGAAGCAGUAAAUAAUCAAUAUAAUCAAGAUUUAUAUCAACAAUCAACUUCAAAACCUAAACUAAUAUCUAAUAAUGAUGCAAAUUUAAUACCCAAUUAUAAAAAAAUUGAAAAUCAUCAAACAAUAAAAUCAAAAAAUAAUCAUAGAAUGAAAAUUGUUGUUGUUGGUGAUGGUGCAGUUGGUAAAUCAUGUUUAUUAAUAAGUUAUUCACAAAAUAAAUUCCCUGAAAUUUAUGUUCCAACUGUUUUUGAAAAUUAUAUUGUUCCAUUAAUGUCACCUCAAGGUAAUAAAAUAUUUGAAUUAGAAUUAUGGGAUACUGCAGGUCAAGAAGAAUAUGAUAGAUUAAGACCUUUAAGUUAUAGAGAUGUUGAUUUAUUAAUUGUUUGUUUUGCUUUAAAUAGUAUUACAAGUUUACAAAAUAUAAAAUCAUUAUGGUUUCCAGAAAUUAGUCAUUAUUGUCCUAAUGUACCUAUAAUUUUAGUUGGUACAAAAGCAGAUUUACAAUCAGAUAUAUCAGAUGAAUUAGCUUAUAAAGUAGCAACAGAAAUAAAAGCUAUAGCAUAUAUUAAAACUUCAUCAAAAACAAUGUUAAAUGUAAGACAAACUUUUAAUUUUGCAUUAAAUCAUUAUCAAAAAGAAAUUGAAAUAAUGGAACAAUAUGAAACAAGUAAAAGAAAAAGAAUAAGUAAAAGAUUUAGUAAUAAUGGUUCAGGUAAUUAUGGUAAUAACAGUGGGAAUUAUGAUCAUAUAAGAAAUAAAAGUACUGCAUCAUCAACAACAAGAAGAAAUCAUAUGAAAAAUUCAAGUUUAGGUUCAAGUGUAUUAAUGGAUCAACCAUUAACUGAAGAUAAUUAUGAAAAUAAUCCUUAUGGAAAUUUUAAUAGUUCAAAUGGUGGUGGUGGUGUUGGUGGUAAUUAUAAUUUAAGAAAUAAUAAUGGUGAAUUUGAUUUUAUUGAUGAAAGAAGAAAAAAAGAAAAAAAGAAAUGUAUAAUACUUUAG